AUGAAAGAAGAAUUGUUACAAUACAUCAAAGAAAAUCUAUCAACCAUCUACUUUAAAACCUUACAGGAGAAUGAAAACGAGCCAAGCGAUGAUGAAAAACUGGCAUAUAUGAGGCAAACUCUGGAUGAUCCAGCAUUGUUUUUGUCAAAAUGGGGAAAGUAUUUGCCAAAAGAGCAAUUGUUGAAAUUUGAAGGAUUAAGAGCCGACUACGAAAUCAAUUGGCACCUAAAUCAGAUACAAAAAUCCACGCCUUUAUCAGUAUCUCGAGAUUUGCAUCCCAAAGCUCGCCAUAACAAAAAAAUAUUGAACAGACGAUAUAGAUAUCUUAUAACUAAACUUGACAACAGUUCGUACUUUAGCGAUGAAGCCAUGGAAUACCGGGAACCGUUGCUGUAUGAAGACUAUGUGGGUCAAUACAUACCUGAUGAGGAAAGAUAUCCCCCAUUUGCCGACAAUGUUGAUUUAGUAGAUAGAAUGUUGUACGAUAUUGAUUCCGUGAAUGUCAGAGAAUCGACGGAGAAUGUUUCUACAAAUAUUAGUAGUCCGCAGAUACAGGAACAAUCGACAGUGAUGCAAGAGCCAUCAGGAAAUGACAUUGUUAAUAGCAACGGAGAAAUAGAAAGUGGAGUAACAACUUUGGAGUCCAAUCGACCGCAUAUUUCAGAUGAGGAAAAAGAACAGUUAAGGACGGAUCUUGUCGACAUAAUGAGGGAAAAAUUUGUUUCCGGAAAUGACCCUUAUUUCGACUAUGAUACCGUAGAUUUCAAUGAAGAAUACGAUGACAUUAGCAUUGAAGAACAAGACAUUCAAGAACCCGAAGAUAUGGAUGAGGUUGAUACGGGAACAGGUGUUUUGGACUACUGA